CUACUAGCAUACUUCAUCUUCUCGUUCACUUUUCCACAUCACCUUGAUAUAAUUGUCCUCUCCUUCGUACUCCUCUUCAAUGUGCCGCCGUCGCCAAGUCAGGAAUAUCUACGUCCGAUGUGGCCAUGCCGUCAAUCUUCCUGAAGAAAUUAUCCCAUGCGAGGAAUCCACCUGCAAGUUUAGUCUUUUUCAUCCUGCGAGGUGCAAACCGCCUACUUGCCUGCGGACCUGUUGGCAAUACUGUCGCUAUCCUGAACAGUACUCCCCCUACAUCGAUUCCUACUGCCCCACUUGCUGCCAG